CUAGUUAGUUCGUUUUGGUUAAGUACCAGCUAUGGGUAAAUUCGGUGAAAUAAUAAUUUUCAUUUGUAUUGUGCACCUCCUCUUGCACACUUCGAAUGGUGAAUGGAAUGACUUUGAGUUUCGCCUAAGGGAUAUCCUUUUUAAGAUGGAAAAAAUGGCAACAAGGAUAGACAACCUAGCGGACAAGUUACAGGAGUGUAGAUCCUCGGGUACUCAUGGUUCGGUUGGACCUCCUGGCCCUCCUGGUCUUCCAGGAAGAAACGGACUCAAAGGAGAAAAGGGCGAUACGCGCAUAAUUGGUAGUCAAGGUCCUAUCGGUCCUCCAGGACAGCCAGGUCGUGACUGCUCUCCAUGCGAAAACAGGGAACGAGAAGAUAUACCCUUUUUUGGCGGAAAACACCUCUCACAGCCUGUAAUUAUUUUUCGAGGUGGGCAAGGAGAUCCUGAUGUAGAAACCACAACAAAACCGAAAAAAGGAAGCCCGGAUUAUGAUUAUGCAAAUUAA